AUGUCACCAGUGGACACACGUGUGGCCACUUCCACCAGCGUCUUCUGGGGCAAGGAAAUCCGUCUGCGGUGCGACCUUGAGAAAGCGUCUGUCCUUCCACAGUCGGGUUUGGAAGAGACGUGCAGACACCGCGACGAGUGUGGCACGCUGGAGCACAGACACGGGCGCCAGGCGGGCCCGCAGGCCUGGCUGCUGUACGGCACCUGUGCCGUGGCGAGGGUGGCGAGCAGCAGCCGCGGCCUCUAUGACGUCACCGCACUGCGGCGCUGGCGGCCUCGUGACGUCACGCGGGUAACGAUUGGACACGGGGUGACGUCACUGCUGCGCCAGCCAGCCGGGCCCGCAGCGGCGGCGCCGUCCGUGUCUGGGGCAGCCGGGGGGCAGGGGGGCAGGGGGGCGGGGGGGCAGGGGGGCGCUUCUGCCCUCCCCAAGCCCCGCACCGCCCACCUGCCGACCUCAGGGGCCACCUUGAAGGGCGCGCUGUCCAGUUUGAAUCUCAGUGCAGCGGCACUGUCCAUGUACCUGUCACUCGGAGAGAGGCUUGCCGGGGACGCGGCCUGCUGCAAGCAGCAGUCUGGAGAGAGGCUUGCCGGGGACGCGGCCUGCUGCACGCAGCAGUCUGGAGAGAGGCUUGCCGGGGACGCGGCCUGCUGCACGCAGCAGUCUGGAGAGAGGCUUGCCGGGGACGCGGCCUGCUGCACGCAGCAGUCUGGAGAGAGGCUUGCCGGGGACGCGGCCUGCUGCACGCAGCAGUCUGGAGAGAGGCUUGCCGGGGAGGCGGCCUGCUGCACGCAGCAGUCUGGAGAGAGGCUUGCCGGGGACGCGGCCUGCUGCACGCAGCAGUCUGGAGAGAGGCUUGCCGGGGACGCGGCCUGCUGCACGCAGCAGUCUGGAGAGAGGCUUGCCGGGGACGCGGCCUGCUGCUUGCAGCAGUCUGGAGAGCGGCUUGCCGGGGACGCGGCCUGCUGCACGCAGCAGUCUGGAGAGAAGCUUGCCGGGCAGGCGGCCUGCUGCACGCAGCAGUCUGGAGAGAGGCUUGCCGGGGACGCGGCCUGCUGCACGCAGCAGUCUGGAGAGAAGCUUGCCGGGCAGGCGGCCUGCUGCACGCAGCAGUCUGGAGAGAGGCUUGCCGGGGACGCGGCCUGCUGCACGCAGCAGUCUGGAGAGAGGCUUGCCGGAGACGUGGCCUGCUGCACGCAGCAGUCUGGAGAGAAGCUUGCCGGGCAGGUGGCCUGCUGCACGCAGCAGUCUGGAGAGAGGCUUGCCGGGGACGUGGCCUGCUGCACGCAGCAGUCUGGAGAGAGGCUUGCCGGGGACGCGGCCUGCUGCACGCAGCAGUCUGGAGAGAGGCUUGCCGGAGACGCGGCCUGCUGCACGCAGCAGUCUGGAGAGAGCCUUGCCGGGGACGCGGCCUGCUGCACGCAGCAGUCUGGAGAGAGGCUUGCCGGGGAUGCGGCCUGCUGCACGCAGCAGUUUGGAGAGAGGCUUGCCGGGGACGCGGCCUACUGCACGCAGCAGUCUGGAGAGAGGCUUGCCGGGGAUGCGGCCUGCUGCACGCAGCAGUCUGGAGAGAGGCUUGCCGGGGACGCGGCCUGCUGCACGCAGCAGUCUGGAGAGAGGCUUGCCGGGGAUGCGGCCUGCUGCACGCAGCAGUCUGGAGAGAGGAUUGCCGGGGACGCGGCCUGCUGCAUGCAGCAGUCUGGAGAGAGGCUUGCCGGGGACACGGCCUGCUGCUCGCAGCAGUCUGGAGAGAGGCUUGCCGGGGAGGUGGCCUGCUGCUCGCAGCAGUCUGGAGAGAGGCUUGCUGGGGAGGCGGCCUGCUGCACGCAGCAGUCUGGAGAGAAGCUUGCCGGGCAGGCGGCCUGCUGCACGCAGCAGUCUGGAGAGAGGCUUGCCGGGGAUGCGGCCUGCUGCACGCAGCAGUCUGGAGAGAGGCUUGCCGGAGACGCGGCCUGCUGCACGCAGCAGGCUGGAGAGAGACUUGCCGGGGACGCGGCCUGCUGCACGCAGCAGUCUGGAGAGAGGCUUGCCGGGGAUGCGGCCUGCUGCACGCAGCAGUCUGGAGAGAUGCUUGCCAGGGAUUCGGCCUGCUGCUCGCAGCAGUCUGGAGAGAGGCUUGCCAGGGAGGCGGCCUGCUGCACACAGCAGUCUGGAGACAGGCUUGCCGGGGACGUGGCCUGCUGCUCGCAGCAGUCUGGAGAGAGGCUUGCCGGGGAGGCGGCCUGCUGCACGCAGCAGUCUGGAGAGAGGCUUGCCGGGGAGGCGGCCUGCUGCACGCAGCAGUCUGCAGAGAAGCUUGCCGGGGACACGGCCUGCUGCACGCAGCAGUCUGGAGAGAGGCUUGCUGGGGACGCGGCCUGGUGCACGCAGCAGUCUGGAGAGAUGCUUGCCGGGGAUGCGGCCUGCUGCUUGCAGCAGUCUGGAGAGAGGCUUGCCGGGGACGCGGCCUGCUGCAUGCAGCAGUCUGGAGAGAGGCUUGCUGGGGACGCGGCCUGGUGCACGCUGCAGUCUGGAGAGAGGCUUGCCAGGGAGGCGGCCUGCUGCUCACAGCAGUCUGGAGAGAGGCUUGCCGGGGAGGCGGCCUGCUGCACGCAGCAGUCUGGAGAGAGGCUUGCCUGGGACGCCGCCUGCUGCUCGCAGCAGUCUGGAGAGAGGCUUGCCGGGGAGGCGGCCUGCUGCACGCAGCAGUCUGGAGAGAGGCUUACCGGGGACACGGCCUGCUGCACGCAGCAGUCUGGAGAGAGGCUUGCCGGGGACGCGGCCUGCUGCACGCAGCAGUCUGGAGAGAGGCUUGCCGGGGAUGCGGCCUGCUGCUCGCAGCAGUCUGGAGAGAGGCUUGCCGGGGAGGCGGCCUGCUGCACGCAGCAGUCUGGAGAGAGGCUUGCUGGGGACACGGCCUGCUGCACGCAGCAGUCUGGAGAGAGGCUUGCUGGGGACGCGGCCUGGUGCACGCAGCAGUCUGGAGAGAUGCUUGCCGAGGAUGCGGCCUGCUGCUUGCAGCAGUCUGGAGAGAGGCUUGCCGGGGACGCGGCCUGCUGCACGCAGCAGUCUGGAGAGAUGCUUGCCAGGGAUGCGGCCUGCUGCUCGCAGCAGUCUGGAGAGAGGCUUGCCGGGGACGCGGCCUGCUGCACGCAGCAGUCUGGAGAGAGACUUGCCGGGGACGCAGCCUGCUGCACGCAGCAGACUGGAGAGAGGCUUGCUGGGGAUGCGGCCUGCUGCUCGCAGCAGUCUGGAGAGAGGCUUGCUGGCGACACGGCCUGCUGCACGCAGCAGUCUGGAGAGAGGCUUGCUGGGGACGCGGCCUGGUGCACGCAGCAGUCUGGAGAGAGGCUUGCAAGGGAGGCGGCCUGCUGCUCACAGCAGUCUGGAGAGAGGCUUGCCGGGGACGCGGCCUGCUGCACGCAGCAGUCUGGAGAGAGGCUUGCCGGGGACACGGCCUGCUGCACGCAGCAGUCUGGAGAGAGGCUUGCUGGGUACGCGGCCUGGUGCACGCAGCAGUCUGGAGAGAUGCUUGCCGGGGAUGCGGCCUGCUGCUUGCAGCAGUCUGGAGAGGGGCUUGCCGGGGACGCGGCCUGGUGCACGCAGCAGUCUGGAGAGAUGCUUGCCAGGGAUGCGGCCUGCUGCUUGCAGCAGUCUGGAGAGAGGCUUGCCGGGGACGCGGCCUGCUGCACGCAGCAGUCUGGAGAGAGACUUGCCGGGGACGCAGCCUGCUGCACGCAGCAGACUGGAGAGAGGCUUGCUGGGGACGCGGCCUGCUGCUCGCAGCAGUCUGGAGAGAGGCUUGCCAGGGACACGGCCUGCUGCACGCAGCAGUCUGGAGAGAGGCUUGCUGGGGACGCGGCCUGGUGCACGCAGCAGUCUGGAGAGAGGCUUGCAAGGGAGGCGGCCUGCUGCUCACAGCAGUCUGGAGAGAGGCUUGCCGGGGACGCGGCCUGCUGCACGCAGCAGUCUGGAGAGAGGCUUACCGGGGACGCGGCCUGCUGCUCGCAGCAGUCUGGAGAGAGGCUUGCCAGGGAGGCGGCCUGCUGCACGCAGCAGUCUGGAGAGAGGCUUGCCGGAGAGGCGGCCUGCUGCACGCAGCAGUCUGGAGAGAGGCUUGCCGGGGAGGCGGCCUGCUGCACGCAGCAGUCUGGAGAGAGGCUUGCUGGGGAGGCGGCCUGCUGCACGCAGCAGUCUGGAGAGAGGCUUGCCGGGGAGGCGGCCUGCUGCACGCAGCAGUCUGGAGAGAGGCUUGCCGGGGAGGCGGCCUGCUGCACGCAGCAGUCUGGAGAGAGGCUUGCUGGGGAGGCGGCCUGCUGCACGCAGCAGUCUGGAGAGAGGCUUGCCGGGGAGGCGGCCUGCUGCACGCAGCAGUCUUUAGAGAGGCUUGCCGGGGACGCGGCCUGCUGCACGCAGCAGUCUGGAGAGAGGCUUGCCGGAGACGUGGCCUGCUGCACGCAGCAGUCUGGAGAGAAGCUUGCCGGGCAGGCGGCCUGCUGCACGCAGCAGUCUGGAGAGAGGCUUGCCGGGGACGUGGCCUGCUGCACGCAGCAGUCUGGAGAGAGGCUUGCCGGGGACGCGGCCUGCUGCACGCAGCAGUCUGGAGAGAGGCUUGCCGGAGACGCGGCCUGCUGCACGCAGCAGUCUGGAGAGAGGCUUGCCGGGGAUGCGGCCUGCUGCACGCAGCAGUCUGGAGAGAGGAUUGCCGGGGACACGGCCUGCUGCACGCAGCAGUCUGGAGAGAGGCUUGCCGGGGACACGGCCUGCUGCUCGCAGCAGUCUGGAGAGAGGCUUGCCGGGGAGGUGGCCUGCUGCUCGCAGCAGUCUGGAGAGAGGCUUGCCAGGGAGGCGGCCUGCUGCACGCAGCAGUCUGGAGACAGGCUUGCCGGGGACGUGGCCUGCUGCUCGCUGCAGUCUGGAGAGAGGCUUGCCGGGGAGGCGGCCUGCUGCACGCAGCAGUCUGGAGAGAGGCUUGCCGGGGAGGCGGCCUGCUGCACGCAGCAGUCUGCAGAGAAGCUUGCCGGGGACACGGCCUGCUGCACGCAGCAGUCUGGAGAGAGGCUUGCUGGGGACGCGGCCUGGUGCACGCAGCAGUCUGGAGAGAUGCUUGCCAGGGAUGCGGCCUGCUGCUUGCAGCAGUCUGGAGAGAGGCUUGCCGGGGACGCGUCUGGAGAGAGGCUUGCCAGGGAGGCGGCCUGCUGCUCACAGCAGUCUGGAGAGAGGCUUGCCGGGGAGGCGGCCUGCUGCACGCAGCAGUCUGGAGAGAGGCUUGCCUGGGACGCCGCCUGCUGCUCGCAGCAGUCUGGAGAGAGGCUUGCCGGGGAGGCGGCCUGCUGCACGCAGCAGUCUGGAGAGAGGCUUACCGGGGACACGGCCUGCUGCACGCAGCAGUCUGGAGAGAGGCUUGCCGGGGACGCGGCCUGCUGCACGCAGCAGUCUGGAGAGAGGCUUGCCGGGGAUGCGGCCUGCUGCUCGCAGCAGUCUGGAGAGAGGCUUGCCGGGGAGGCGGCCUGCUGCACGCAGCAGUCUGGAGAGAGGCUUGCCGGGAACACGGCCUGCUGCACGCAGCAGUCUGGAGAGAGGCUUGCUGGGGACGCGGCCUGGUGCACGCAGCAGUCUGGAGAGAUGCUUGCCGGGGAUGCGGCCUGCUGCUCGCAGCAGUCUGGAGAGAGGCUUGCCAGGGACACGGCCUGCUGCACGCAGCAGUCUGGAGAGAGGCUUGCCGGGGACGCGGCCUGCUGCACGCAGCAGUCUGGAGAGAGGCUUACCGGGGACGCGGCCUGCUGCUCGCAGCAGUCUGGAGAGAGGCUUGCCAGGGAGGCGGCCUGCUGCACGCAGCAGUCUGGAGAGAGGCUUGCCGGGGAGGCGGCAUGCUGCACGCAGCAGUCUGGAGAGAGGCUUGCUGGGGAGGCGGCCUGCUGCACGCAGCAGUCUGGAGAGAGGCUUGCCGGGGAGGCGGCCUGCUGCACGCAGCAGUCUGGAGAGAGGCUUGCCGGGGAGGCGGCCUGCUGCACGCAGCAGUCUGGAGAGAGGCUUGCUGGGGAGGCGGCCUGCUGCACGCAGCAGUCUGGAGAGAGGCUUGCCGGGGAGGCGGCCUGCUGCACGCAGCAGUCUGGAGAGAGGCUUGCCGGGGAGGCGGCCUGCUGCACGCAGCAGUCUUUAGAGAAGCUUGCCGGGGACGCGGCCUGCUGCACGCAGCAGUCUGGAGAGAGGCUUGCCGGAGACGUGGCCUGCUGCACGCAGCAGUCUGGAGAGAAGCUUGCCGGGCAGGCGGCCUGCUGCACGCAGCAGUCUGGAGAGAGGCUUGCCGGGGACGUGGCCUGCUGCACGCAGCAGUCUGGAGAGAGGCUUGCCGGGGACGCGGCCUGCUGCACGCAGCAGUCUGGAGAGAGGCUUGCCGGAGACGCGGCCUGCUGCACGCAGCAGUCUGGAGAGAGACUUGCCGGGGACGCGGCCUGCUGCACGCAGCAGUCUGGAGAGAGGCUUGCCGGGGAUGCGGCCUGCUGCACGCAGCAGUUUGGAGAGAGGCUUGCCGGGGACGCGGCCUGCUGCACGCAGCAGUCUGGAGAGAGGCUUGCCGGGGAUGCGGCCUGCUGCACGCAGCAGUCUGCAGAGAGGCUUGCCGGGGACGCGGCCUGCUGCACGCAGCAGUCUGGAGAGAGGCUUGCCGGGGAUGCGGCCUGCUGCACGCAGCAGUCUGGAGAGAGGAUGGCCGGGGACGCGGCCUGCUGCACGCAGCAGUCUGGAGAGAGGCUUGCCGGGGACACGGCCUGCUGCUCGCAGCAGUCUGGAGAGAGGCUUGCCGGGGAGGUGGCCUGCUGCUCGCAGCAGUCUGGAGAGAGGCUUGCUGGGGAGGCGGCCUGCUGCACGAAGCAGUCUGGAGAGAAGCUUGCCGGGCAGGCGGCCUGCUGCACGCAGCAGUCUGGAGAGAGGCUUGCCGGGGAUGCGGCCUGCUGCACGCAGCAGUCUGGAGAGAGGCUUGCCGGAGACGCGGCCUGCUGCACGCAGCAGUCUGGAGAGAGACUUGCCGGGGACGAGGCCUGCUGCACGCAGCAGUCUGGAGAGAGGCUUGCCGGGGAUGCGGCCUGCUGCUCGCAGCAGUCUGGAGAGAGGCUUGCUGGGGAGGCGGCCUGCUGCACGCAGCAGUCUGGAGAGAGGCUUGCCGGGGACGUGGCCUGCUGCACGCAGCAGUCUGGAGAGAUGCUUGCCAGGGAUGCGGCCUGCUGCUCGCAGCAGUCUGGAGAGAGGCUUGCCAGGGAGGCGGCCUGCUGCACGCAGCAGUCUGGAGACAGGCUUGCCGGGGACGUGGCCUGCUGCUCGCAGCAGUCUGGAGAGAGACUUGCCGGGGACACGGCCUGCUGCACGCAGCAGUCUGGAGAGAGGCUUGCUGGGGGCGCGGCCUGGUGCACGCAGCAGUCUGGAGAGAUGCUUGCCGGGGAUGCGGCCUGCUGCUUGCAGCAGUCUGGAGAGAGGCUUGCCGGGGACGUGGCCUGCUGCAUGCAGCAGUCUGGAGAGAGGCUUGCUGGGGAGGCGGCCUGCUGCACGCAGCAGUCUGGAGAGAGGCUUACCGGGGACACGGCCUGCUGCACGCAGCAGUCUGGAGAGAGGCUUGCCGGGGACGCGGCCUGCUGCACGCAGCAGUCUGGAGAGAGGCUUGCCGGGGAUGCGGCCUGCUGCUCGCAGCAGUCUGGAGAGAGGCUUGCCGGGGAGGUGGCCUGCUGCACGCAGCAGUCUGGAGAGAGGCUUGCCGGGGACACGGCCUGCUGCACGCAGCAGUCUGGAGAGAGGCUUGCUGGGGACGCGGCCUGGUGCACGCAGCAGUCUGGAGAGAUGCUUGCCGAGGAUGCGGCCUGCUGCUUGCAGCAGUCUGGAGAGAGGCUUGCCGGGGACGCGGCCUGCUGCACGCAGCAGUCUGGAGAGAUGCUUGCCAGGGAUGCGGCCUGCUGCUCGCAGCAGUCUGGAGAGAGGCUUGCCGGGGACGCGGCCUGCUGCACGCAGCAGUCUGGAGAGAGACUUGCCGGGGACGCAGCCUGCUGCACGCAUCAGACUGGAGAGAGGCUUGCUGGGGAUGCGGCCUGCUGCUCGCAGCAGUCUGGAGAGAGGCUUGCCGGGGACACGGCCUGCUGCACGCAGCAGUCUGGAGAGAGGCUUGCUGGGGACGCGGCCUGCUGCACGCAGCAGUAUGGAGAGAGGCUUGCAAGGGAGGCGGCCUGCUGCUCACAGCAGUCUGGAGAGAGGCUUGCCGGGGACGCGGCCUGCUGCACGCAGCAGUCUGGAGAGAGGCUUGCCGGGGACACGGCCUGCUGCACGCAGCAGUCUGGAGAGAGGCUUGCUGGGGACGCGGCCUGGUGCACGCAGCAGUCUGGAGAGAUGCUUGCCGGGGAUGCGGCCUGCUGCUUGCAGCAGUCUGGAGAGGGGCUUGCCGGGGACGCGGCCUGCUGCACGCAGCAGUCUGGAGAGAUGCUUGCCAGGGAUGCGGCCUGCUGCUCGCAGCAGUCUGGAGAGAGGCUUGCCGGGGACGCGGCCUGCUGCACGCAGCAGUCUGGAGAGAGACUUGCCGGGGACGCAGCCUGCUGCACGCAGCAGACUGGAGAGAGGCUUGCUGGGGACGCGGCCUGCUGCUCGCAGCAGUCUGGAGAGAGGCUUGCCAGGUACACAGCCUGCUGCACGCAGCAGUCUGGAGAGAGGCUUGCUGGGGACGCGGCCUGGUGCACGCAGCAGUCUGGAGAGAGGCUUGCAAGGGAGGCGGCCUGCUGCUCACAGCAGUCUGGAGAGAGGCUUGCCGGGGACGCGGCCUGCUGCACGCAGCAGUCUGGAGAGAGGCUUACCGGGGACGCGGCCUGCUGCUCGCAGCAGUCUGGAGAGAGGCUUGCCAGGGAGGUGGCCUGCUGCACGCAGCAGUCUGGAGAGAGGCUUGCCGGGGAGGCGGCAUGCUGCACGCAGCAGUCUGGAGAGAGGCUUGCUGGGGAGGCGGCCUGCUGCACGCAGCAGUCUGGAGAGAGGCUUGCCGGGGAGGCGGCCUGCUGCACGCAGCAGUCUGGAGAGAGGCUUGCCGGGGAGGCGGCCUGCUGCACGCAGCAGUCUGGAGAGAGGCUUGCUGGGGAGGCGGCCUGCUGCACGCAGCAGUCUGGAGAGAGGCUUGCCGGGGAGGCGGCCUGCUGCACGCAGCAGUCUGGAGAGAGGCUUGCCGGGGAGGCGGCCUGCUGCACGCAGCAGUCUGGAGAGAGGCUUGCUGGGGAGGCGGCCUGCUGCACGCAGCAGUCUGGAGAGAGGCUUGCCGGGGAGGCGGCCUGCUGCACGCAGCAGUCUGGAGAGAGGCUUGCUGGGGAGGCGGCCUGCUGCACGCAGCAGUCUGGAGAGAGGCUUGCCGGGGAGGCGGCCUGCUGCACGCAGCAGUCUGGAGAGAGGCUUGCCAGGGAGGCGGCCUGCUGCACGCAGCAGUCUGGAGAGAGGCUUGCCGGGGAGGCGGCCUGCUGCACGCAGCAGUCUGGAGAGAGGCUUGCCGGGGAGGCGGCCUGCUGCACGCAGCAGUCUGGAGAGAGGCUUGCCGGGGAGGCGGCCUGCUGCUCGCAGCAGUGGCGCUGUGUGCGGCGCAGAGGACGGCGCAGCGCUCGCGCCCGGGCCGUGUCUCUAAGUGCCUCUCGAGGGCAGAGUAACACAGGUCCAGCCUCUGAGGUAACUGUCGAAGAAAUCUGCCAGCAACAGCAGCGGCUCGCCUGA